AUGCUAGCGCUAACAUAUCCCAAUUUUAUUUGUCGCACAUUGUCAUGGAAUUCAACUCCAAUUAUUGUUGCCGGUGGUAACGGUAUGGGUACGGAUCAAACUCAACUUCAAAUUGUUUUUGAUAUCGGCAUUGAUAUUAAUCAAAACUUAUAUGUUGCCGAUUUUCAAAACAGUCGCGUACUUCGAUGGCCAAUUGGAUCAACGUAUGGAACUUCCUUGACUGCAGGUGCACUAACUCCAUCAGCGUUAUUCGUUACACCAAAUGGAUACAUAUACAUAGGUUUUCUAGACUGCGUAAAAAAAUGGCUACUAGAUAGGCCAUUUACUACUGAAGGUGUCCUUGUCGCUGGCGGAUAUGGUAAUCAACAUGGUCCUGGCACGGCAUUGGAGAAGGUUGGCGAAUGGAAGGGUCUAUUUGUUGACAUUGAAGGUGAUGUUUAUGUAUCCGAUUACUAUAAACCAUAG